GCGCUCUCAUCCCAAUGGUGCGUCACACACACACACACAUAUACACACUCACACGGGCUGAGCAUGGCGCUACUGCUGGCCUCACAGGCACACUGCGCGCUUUAUCCUUCCGCCUGAUACUCUCCCUGCUACUACUACUACUACUGCUGCUGCCUCCGGUGCAAUCCCUGCGCAAGGGGGGGAUUCCUUCUAUGAAGCUGCAGAUUCUUUAGGAACAGAAUAAACGGAGUGGCCCUCGAUCACUUCCAGUCAAGGCACCGCAGGCGACAGAACCUCUAUUUGCGUUCAAGGCUCAUUAGAAGUUGGAUGCUGGGAAAAGAAAGUCGCAGAGAGACUCUUUUGAAAGGAAGGUAGCAUUGGGGAUUAUAGUGCAGCCUGUUCUUUUCUGCGUCUGUCGCUGCUAGGUACCAAUGCUUGCUGUCACCUCUCCCUCCCCGAUGCCUGGAGGAGCCAGGCGGCCGGUGCUGCUGCUGGGCUGCUUGCUUGCCCUUCUGGGAUGUGCCACUGUGCCAGGAGUCGGGGGGCAGUACGCCUUCAGCGCCGAGUCCAGCCGGGGAGCGCAGGAUGCCAGGGAAGGAACCAUCAGUGCAGCGAGUAGGGUCCGCAGGAGAGGCCAGCAAGAUGCUCUGCGCGGGCCUAAUGUAUGUGGUUCUCGCUUCCACUCCUACUGUUGCCCUGGAUGGAAAACACUUCCUGGAGGAAACCAGUGCAUUGUUCCAAUUUGUAGAAAUAGCUGUGGUGAUGGAUUCUGUUCCCGCCCAAACAUGUGCACUUGCUCUACUGGACAAAUAUCUCCAAACUGUGGUUCAAAAACAAUACAGCAGUGCAGUGUCAGAUGCAUGAAUGGGGGAACUUGUGUUGAGGAUCAUUGUCAGUGCCAAAAAGGCUAUGUUGGAGCACACUGUGGACAACCUGUCUGUGAAAAUGGCUGCCAGAAUGGGGGGCGAUGUAUUGGGCCAAACAGAUGCGCCUGUGUUUACGGAUUUACUGGACCUCAGUGCGAAAGAGACUACAGAACAGGGCCCUGUUUUACACAAGUUAGCAAUCAGAUGUGCCAGGGUCAAGUCACUGGUAUAGUGUGCACGAAAACUCUUUGCUGUGCCACUAUUGGACGUGCUUGGGGACACCCUUGUGAAAUGUGCCCUGCUCAGCCACAGCCUUGCAGACGUGGUUUUAUUCCAAACAUACGGAGUGGAGCAUGCCAAGAUGUUGAUGAAUGUCAAGCAAUUCCAGGGCUGUGCCAGGGGGGCAACUGCAUAAACACUGAUGGAUCUUAUGAGUGCAGAUGCCCUGUGGGACACAAGCAAAGUGAGACAACACAGAAGUGUGAAGACAUUGAUGAGUGUACCACUAUCCCUGGUGUUUGCAAUGGAGGAGAAUGUUCAAACACAAUUGGUAGUUACUACUGCAUCUGCCCACGGGGCUAUGUCACAUCUGGGGAUGGCUCUCGCUGUAUUGACCAGAGGUCCGGUGUGUGCUUCUCCAGUCUUGUCAAUGGCCAUUGUGCCCAAGAGCAGGCUGGCAGGUUUACAAAGAUGCAGUGCUGCUGUGAAUCUGGCCGUUGCUGGGCAUUAGGGUCAAUUCCUGAAAUGUGUCCUAUCAGGGGUACAGAUGAAUAUCGUAGGCUGUGCAUUGAAGGAGUUCCAUUUGGGGGCCCUGGGGGAUUUGUUCCUAAUGGAUUUGGACCAGGAGGUACAGGAUUUAUCCCAGGACCUGGUGGUAAUGGAUUUCAUCCUGGUAUUGGAGGAACUGGAAUAGAUGGACAAGGCCCAGUGAUCAAUGGAGGGGUUGCAACGCUAAAUCAGACAAUAGACAUCUGCAAGCAAUACCCCAAUCUUUGUCUAAACGGACGAUGUAUUCCAAACCUUAACAGUUACAGGUGUGAGUGCAACAUGGGAUACAAACAGGACACACAAACUGAAUGCAUUGAUGUUGAUGAAUGCACAUCAAAUCCAUGUACUAACGGAGACUGUGUUAACACGCCUGGAUCAUAUUAUUGCAAAUGCCAUUCAGGUUUUCAAAGGACUCCAACAAAACAAGCUUGCAUUGAUAUUGAUGAAUGUAUCCAGAAUGGAAUUCUUUGCAAACAUGGCCGAUGUGUGAACACCGAGGGAAGCUUCCAAUGUAUAUGUAAUGCUGGGUUUGAAUUGACCCCUGAUGGCAAAAACUGUGCAGAUCAUGACGAGUGCUCCACCACAAAUAUGUGUUUAAAUGGAAUGUGUAUAAAUGAGGAUGGGAGUUUUAAAUGCAUAUGCAAGCCUGGCUUUGUGCUCGCAUCCAAUGGCCGCUAUUGCACCGAUAUUGAUGAGUGUCAGACUCCAGGCAUCUGCAUGAAUGGUCACUGUAUCAACACUGAAGGUUCGUUCCGUUGCGAUUGCCCUCCAGGAUUGGCCAUUGGAGUGGAUGGCCGUGUUUGUGUGGACACACACAUGCGUAGUACAUGCUAUGGGGGAAUCAAAAAAGGCCUCUGUGUACGUCCUUUUCCUGGAGCUGUGACCAAAUCUGAAUGUUGCUGUGCCAAUCCAGACUAUGGAUUUGGGGAACCUUGCCAUCCUUGCCCACCCCGGAAUUCCGCUGAAUUUCAAGGCUUAUGCAGUGGAGGAGUCGGUAUUACUGUUGAUGGACGAGAUAUCAAUGAGUGUGCUUUGGACCCUGAUAUCUGUGCCAAUGGGAUUUGUGAAAACCUGCGUGGGAGUUUCCGUUGUAACUGCAAUAGUGGCUUUGAAUCAGAUUCUACAGGCAAAAAUUGUAUAGAUAUUGAUGAGUGCUUAGUGAACAGGCUGCUAUGCGACAAUGGGCUUUGCCGAAACACACCAGGAAGCUACAGCUGUACAUGCCCUAAAGGAUAUGUUUUCAGAAGUGAUAGUGAAACCUGCGAAGACAUAAAUGAAUGUGAAAGUAGCCCUUGUGUAAAUGGGGCUUGCAGAAAUAUUCUUGGCUCGUUCAACUGUGAGUGUUCACCUGGAAGCAGGCUGGAUGCUACUGGCCUCAUCUGCAUAGACAGCCUCAAAGGAACAUGUUGGCUUAAUAUACAAGAUGGACGAUGUGAAGUUAACAUAAAUGGAGCAACACUGAAGUCAGAAUGCUGUGCUACUCUGGGAGCUGCCUGGGGAAGUCCAUGUGAACGAUGUGAAAUAGACCCUGCCUGCCCCAGGGGAUUCGCAAGAGUGAAAGGUGUCUCAUGUGAAGAUGUCAAUGAGUGUGAAGUGUUCCCGGGUGUGUGUCCCAACGGCCUGUGCCUCAACACCAAGGGAUCUUUUCUUUGUGAGUGCCCAGAUGGCUUGACUUUGGAUGGAACUGGGAGACUGUGUCUAGAUCUCCGAAUGGAACAUUGCUUUUUAAAAUGGGAUGAAGAUGAAUGUGUUCACCCAGUUCCUGGCAAGUUUCGGCUGGAUGCCUGCUGUUGCGCUGUUGGAGCUGCCUGGGGUACAGAAUGCGAGGAAUGUCCGAAACCUGGGUCUCAAGAAUUUGAACUUUUGUGUCCAAGAGGACCAGGCUUUACUAACAGAGGAGAUGUUCUGUCUGGGAGACCUUUCUAUAAAGAUAUUAAUGAAUGCAAGGCGUUCCCUGGAAUCUGUACUAAUGGAAAAUGUAGAAACACAAUUGGAAGUUUUAAAUGUAAAUGCAACAAUGGCUUUGCUUUGGAUAUGGAGGAAAGAAAUUGUACAGAUAUUGAUGAAUGCCGCAUCUCCCCUGACCUGUGUGGGAGUGGCACUUGCAUUAAUACCCCAGGAAGCUUUGAAUGUGAGUGCUUCGAAGGCUUUGAGAGUGGUUUCAUGAUGAUGAAGAACUGCAUGGACAUAGAUGAAUGUGAAAGGAACCCUUUGCUUUGUCGAGGUGGAGAAUGUAUAAACACUGAGGGCAGUUUUCUCUGCAAUUGCCCUAAUGGGCAUGAACUUACACCUUCAGGGGAUGCCUGUGUAGAUAUCAACGAAUGUGCCCUAAGUGACAAUCUUUGCAGAAAUGGCAAAUGUGUAAACAUUGUUGGAACAUACCAAUGCUCUUGCAAUCCGGGAUACCAAGCUACACUGGACAGACUUGGUUGUACUGAUAUUGAUGAGUGCACCAUUAUGAAUGGUGGUUGCGAUACACAUUGCACAAACUCAGAAGGCAGCUAUGAAUGUAGCUGCCUUGAAGGCUAUGCCUUGAUGCCAGAUAAGAGGACCUGCACAGACAUUGAUGAAUGUGAGGACAACCCAGAUAUCUGCGAUGGGGGCCAGUGUACCAACAUUCCAGGAGAAUAUCGCUGCCUCUGCUUUGAUGGGUUUAUGGCUUCCAUGGAUAUGAAAACAUGUAUUGAUGUAAAUGAAUGUGAUAUAAACUCCAACAUUUGUAUGUUUGGGGAAUGUGAGAAUACCAAAGGAUCAUUUGUAUGUCACUGUCAGGUUGGGUAUGCAGUGAAAAAGGGAACAACGGGAUGCACAGAUGUGGAUGAGUGUGAAAUUGACACCCAUAACUGUCAUCUACAUGCUACAUGUUUAAAUGUACCAGGAAGCUUUAAGUGUACUUGCAAAGAAGGGUGGAUUGGAAAUGGCAUAAAAUGUAAUGAUCUGGAUGAGUGCUUAAAUGGAACCCAUCGAUGUAGUGUAUCUGCCCACUGUCUUAAUACACCUGGUUCAUACCAUUGCUCUUGUGCAGAAGGAUAUACUGGAGAUGGAUUUACUUGCUCAGAUGUUGAUGAGUGCACCGAAAAUAUUAAUCUAUGUGAGAAUGGACAGUGCCUGAAUAUCCCAGGCUCCUAUAGAUGUGAAUGUGACAUGGGAUUCACUCCAGCUUCAGACAGCAGGUCUUGCCAAGAUAUUGAUGAAUGCGCUUUCCAGAAUAUAUGUGUGUUUGGAACCUGCAGCAACCUUCCAGGAAUGUUUCGUUGUAUCUGCAAUGAGGGUUAUGAACUGGACAGGACUGGAGGAAACUGUACAGAUGUCGAUGAGUGUGCUGAUCCAAUUAAUUGUGUUAAUGGCUUUUGUGUUAACACUCCUGGGAGAUACGAAUGUAACUGUCCACCAGAUUUUCAGCUCAACCCUACAGGAGUGGGUUGUGUUGAUACAAGAGUUGGCAAUUGCUACCUGAACCAUGGUGCCCGUGGCGAUGGAACAAUCUCUUGCAGCACGGAGAUUGGAGUUGGAGUCAGCCGUUCAUCAUGCUGCUGUUCUCUGGGGAAAGCAUGGGGAAACCCAUGUGAGAUCUGCCCCCCUGUAAACAGCUCUGAAUAUAAUACAUUGUGCCCAGGAGGAGAAGGCUUUCGACCCAACCCAAUAACCAUAAUUUUAGAAGAUAUUGAUGAGUGCCAGGAGUUACCAGGUCUCUGCCAAGGUGGUAACUGUAUAAAUACCUUUGGAAGCUUCCAGUGUGAAUGCCCACAGGGCUACUAUCUUAGUGAGGAGACACGCAUUUGUGAAGAUAUUGAUGAAUGCUUUACCCACCCUGGUGUAUGUGGACCAGGAACUUGUUAUAAUACCCUGGGGAAUUACACGUGCAUUUGCCCUUCAGAGUAUAUGCAAGUAAAUGGAGGACAUAACUGCAUGGAUAUGCGGAAGAGUUUUUGCUAUCGAACUUACAAUGGAACAACAUGCGAUAAUGAACUUCCUUUCAACGUAACAAAAAAGAUGUGCUGCUGCACCUAUAAUAUUGGGAAAGCCUGGAGCAAGCCUUGUGAGCCAUGCCCCACCCCAGGAACAGCUAAUUUUAAGCAUCUCUGUGGAUCUAUCCCUGGUUUCACUUUUGAUAUACACACUGGCAAAGCUGUUGACAUUGAUGAGUGCAAGGAGAUCCCUGGAAUCUGUACAAAUGGAGUUUGCAUCAAUCAAAUUGGGAGCUUCCGCUGUGAAUGCCCAACAGGAUUCAGCUACAAUGACUUACUCCUUGUUUGUGAAGAUAUUGAUGAGUGCAGCAGUGGGGAUUAUUUUUGUCAAAGAAAUGCUGAUUGCAUUAACAGUCCUGGAACCUAUCGAUGUGAAUGCUCCACAGGCUUCAAGCUAUUACCCAAUGGUGCCUGUAUUGACCGCAAUGAAUGCCUGGAAAUUCCAAAUGUUUGUAGUCAUGGUACAUGUGUGGACACCGAAGGGAGCUAUCAUUGUGUAUGUAACAAUGGAUUUAAAGUUUCUCCUGAUCAGACAAUGUGCAUGGAUAUUGAUGAGUGUGAGCGGCAGCCAUGUGGUAAUGGGACUUGUAAAAACACAGUUGGCUCAUAUAACUGUCUGUGCUACCCAGGCUUUGAAAUCACUCACAAUAACGACUGCUUGGAUAUUGACGAGUGCAGCUCAUUGUAUGGGCAGGUGUGCAGGAACGGGCAUUGUUUCAAUGAGAUCGGCUCCUUCAUAUGUUUGUGUAAUGAAGGUUAUGAACUUACUCCAGAUGGCAAGAACUGCAUAGAUAUUAAUGAAUGUGUGGCUUUUCCUGGUUCAUGUUCCCCUGGAACCUGUCAGAAUCUUGAAGGGUCUUUUAGAUGCAUCUGCCCUCCUGGAUAUGAAGUUGAGCGUGAAAAUUGCAUAGAUAUUGAUGAAUGUAUUGAAGAACCCAAUAUCUGCCUUUUUGGAGCUUGUUCCAACACCCCUGGGAGUUUUCAGUGUAUCUGUCCACCAGGAUUUGUUCUGUCAGAAAAUGGCCGAAGGUGCUUUGACACACGUCAGAGUUUUUGUUUCACCAGAUUUGAAAAUGGAAAAUGUUCUGUACCUAAAGCAUAUAACAGCACUAAAGCAAAAUGCUGCUGCAGCAAAAUGCCAGGAGAAGGCUGGGGCGAUCCAUGUGAACUGUGUCCAAAGGAGGGAGAAGUGGCAUUCCAAGAUUUAUGUCCGUAUGGACAUGGAACCAUCCCAGGCAUUGGAGAUACGCGAGAAGAUGUCAAUGAGUGCUUAGAAAACCCAGGAAUUUGCGCAAAUGGGCAUUGUAUAAAUACAGAUGGCUCUUUUCGAUGUGAAUGCCCAAUGGGGUAUAAUCUAGAUUAUACUGGUGUGAACUGUGUAGAUACUGAUGAAUGUUCCAUUGGUAAUCCAUGCGGAAAUGGCACAUGUACAAAUGCCAUUGGUACUUUUGAGUGUUUAUGUGAUGAAGGCUUUGAACCUGGACCAAUGAUGGUCUGUGAAGAUAUUAAUGAAUGUAUAUUGAAUCCAUUGCUGUGUGCAUUCCGUUGUAUUAACACUUAUGGGGCUUAUGAGUGCACGUGCCCAGCAGGAUACAUUCUAAGGGAGGACCAGAAAAUGUGUAAAGAUCUUGAUGAAUGCAUAGAAGGUUUCCAUGACUGUGAAUCUCGAGGAAUGGUUUGCAAAAACUUGAUUGGGACAUUUAUGUGUAUUUGCCCACCUGGAAUGGUACGAAGACCAGAUGGAGAAGGCUGUAUGGAUGAAAAUGAAUGCCGCACUAAGCCUGGCAUCUGUGAAAAUGGCCGAUGUGUCAAUACCAUUGGAAGCUACAGAUGUGAUUGCAAUGAAGGAUUUCAGUCAACUCCAUCUGGAACCGAGUGUCUUGAUACUCGCCAGGGAUUUUGCUUUUCUGAAGUGUUACAAACCAUGUGUCAGAUGUCAUCAAGCAGCCGAAACCAUGUCACUAAGUCUGAGUGUUGCUGUAAUGGAGGAAGAGGCUGGGGCAACCAGUGUGAGAUCUGCCCACUUCCAGGCACUGCGCAGUACAAAAAAAUGUGCCCACAUGGCCCAGGAUAUACAACCGAUGGAAAAGAUAUUGAUGAAUGCAAAGUGAUGCCAAAUCUCUGUCGAAAUGGCCAAUGUAUCAACAACAUUGGCUCUUAUAGGUGUUUCUGCAACCCUGGCUACACAACUGACAUUGGGGGCACAGCAUGUGUUGAUCUCGAUGAAUGCUCGCAGUCUCCCAAGCCCUGUAACUUCAUCUGCAAGAAUACAGAAGGCAGCUACCAGUGUUCCUGUCCACGUGGUUAUAUCUUGCAAGAGGAUGGAAAAAGCUGUAAAGAUCUGGAUGAAUGUCAAACCAAACAGCAUAACUGCCAGUUCCUCUGUGUCAACACCAUUGGAGGUUUCACUUGUAAAUGUCCCCCGGGUUUUACACAACAUCACACUGCUUGCAUCGACAACAAUGAAUGUGGCACACAAUCUAACGUGUGUGGACUUAAAGGGGUCUGUCAGAAUUCACCUGGCAGUUUUACUUGUGAAUGCCAAAGAGGAUAUUCAUUGGAUUCGACUGGAAUGAAUUGUGAAGAUGUUGAUGAGUGUGGUGGGAAUCACAGAUGUCAACAUGGUUGUCAGAAUAUCGUUGGUGGAUACAGGUGCAGCUGUCCCCAAGGCUAUAUCCAGCAUUACCAGUGGAAUCAAUGUGUUGAUGAAAAUGAAUGUGCUUCUCAAAACACAUGCGGUUCAGCUUCCUGCUUCAACACAUUAGGCAGCUACAAAUGUGCUUGUCCAACUGGAUUUACCUUCAACCAGUUUUCCUCCGCAUGCCAUGACGUUGAUGAAUGCACAAGUUCAAAGAAUCCCUGCAAUUACGGCUGUUCCAACACAGAAGGAGGUUAUCUCUGUGGAUGUCCCCCUGGAUACUACAGAGUUGGGCAAGGGCAUUGUGUGUCAGGAAUAGGCUUUAACAGAGGCCAGUAUCUGCCAGUUGGCAAAGAAAAUAGUGAGGACAAUGCACUGUCCCCAGAAGGUUGUUAUGAAUGCCAGCUCAAUGGCUACACAAAGAAAACUGGAAGAAUGAGAAGAAAUGCUAAAAAUCCCGAACUUGAAAGAGGUGCUAAUAAUACAGAGCAGGCAAUGAAUGGGCAAAUAAGCCUGAAGAGCCUAGAUAUGGAUUUGCCACUCAAAAUGGUGCUAAACAUUUCUCAUUUAAACUCAAAGAAGCACAUCCUGGAACUUCUGCCAGCCAUCCAACCACUCACUAACCAUGUACGCUAUGUAAUUACCCAAGGCAAUACCAACAUGUUCCGCAUAAACCAGAGGGAUGGACUAAGCUACCUCCAUGCAUCACAAAAGAUAUUGCCAGGAACGUACACACUGGAAAUCACUAGCAUUCCACUUUAUAAGAAAACCGACUUAAUUGAACUAGAGCAGAAAAAGGAAGAAAACUACCUCCUUGGAGAACUUGGGGAAUCUCUCAAUAUAAGACUUCAAAUAGAGUUGUUUUAAGAGUUAAACUCUGAGCAGACCGAUCACAUCCAUCCCUUAUUUAUCCACCUCAGCAUGUCUUAUUUUUUGAAAGCUUUAUGGAGGCAGUGACUUCUGUUUAAAGAAACUUAAGUUUUAACAUGACCUAUGCAAACUCACUUGAAGGAAGGAUAAAGUAGAGGUUCCUGUGACAAAAUGUUUCUAAAGAAAGAUCAGCCAUGGAUACUGUACACAUUGUUACACUUCUACUGAGGCGGCUUGCAGAGGUAGCCUGGGUUACUCCUUAACGAAUGAAUAUGUCACAAAAUGUGAAUUAUUGAGAGAUGUCAUAGCCACAGCUGUCCGGCUGUUUUAAGAAAUGCAACUUCUGGAUGACUAUGAAUAAAUUGACUAUGUUUUAAGUGUGGGACCUGAGUACAGCAUCAGCUGGAGGGCUGUGGUUUGGACACUGCACAUUAAGGCCUCUUGCAAACUACAGACUUAUGUGACUUCAUAAUCAUUUCUUUAGGCUGGUUCAGUCCAAUGAGAUCACAAUGGCACUUCCACACUAUGAGAAUUGAAUUGAUUGCAUCUAGGUAAAUAUAGGGCACUACAGCUUUAUUCUAGCAGCCUUAUUAUCAUAAUUAUAGUAAUUGUGAUUUGACUUAUUCAGCCCAGAGUAGUUGAUCCAGGCGUGAGGUCUGUGUGAGAAGGCAGAAGCACAGUAUGCAGAACGUAAUGGCAAAGGAUAACUUAGUUACAUUGCUCGGCAAUCAAACAAUGCCAGUUAUGGUUUCCAAGUCUCUGGGACUGUAAAAUAUAACUUAGGGAACUGGAAAGCCUUGUACUGGAAAUGACAUUUAAUUAGAAAGAUGGGAAAUCAUUUGCUUUAGGUUUCUGGAAUCUCUAACUAGGCAUGUUAUCUCUGUAUGGUACGAUCAAAUCCUACCAUAGAAAACCAAGCUAAAUAUAUGGAUAGAAACAUCCGCACAUUGUUUAUGUGGUUAGUUAGCUAGACUGCAACUUACUAGAGUAUUUUGCUAUUGUCCCAUAUACAAUGUAAAUGUUUAUUUAUUUGCUGCAGUAAUAUAUAGAGUACAUAGUUAAAUAUUACAAACAAGGAGGAAGACGUGUUGUGUAUUGGGAUGUUGUGCUUGAGCCAUUUUAUACACUUGUGACCAACAAAUCUAUGGUCCGCACUGAUUUGGAAAACAACAAGCAGCAUUUUAAAAACAGCUAAAUAUAAUAAAUAAUGUAUACAUAUAUAUAUAUAUAUAUCUUUGAGCAUCAGAGGACCACACACUGGCCUUAUACUGGGUAUUUUCCAGGAUUUGACAUAAAAAUAUAUGUUUACCUGCUGUAGCAAAAUGCAACGAGUGCUUUAAAGUGGAAGAGUUAUACAGUAGCGGAUGUUUAAUAAAUCAUAUAUAUCUUUCUUAACCCCCAUAUGAAAUAAAAGGCACUAAGUUUGCCCAGGAGUAGCAACCUAUAAGAUGUUUGCAUUCAAACAGGUGACCAGUAAAUUCUACCUACUGAUUGGCUGCUAUGGCUUACUGCACCUGGGCAAACAUAGUGCCUUUUAUUACAUAUUCCCAUAAAUGUCAUAUAAUUAUGUCCCCCAGCAAACAUGCCUGCCGCAAGCAACUCAAGCAUAUUAUAUGGGCACUGCAAAAUUCAGAGUUAUGCCAGAAUUGGUUAUUAUAUCUCUGACACGUCUGCUCAAUCCAGCCAUUUACAAUAAACCAAAUGUUUGUGCUUUCAGCCCAGGACGUUUAAUACGGCUGAGUUUUUUGCAGGAAUAGUCUAAUAAAACAUAUCACAUGCAGAAAAUGACAGCACCUAUUUAUGGCAAUAAUUUAUUACACAUCCGCUACAUUUUGGUGGGUUCUAACUCCCAGGGACAAUUCCCUUUAUGUACACUUUGUAUUCCAGUUUGACUUGUACUGUAAAUCCUCUCCCGUGCCAUAUCCAGGAAUGUUUUGUAGGACAUGCAAUGUGGUGCUUUCCACCUCGGAAUUGUUUUCCUUCUUGCUGUUUCUUCACUGAAAGUGAUCGCAAAUGCAUUGUAGGGUUCAUUAUCAUGUACAUUGCGCGUUCAUUCACCCUGAAUACUCUGUGCGCAAUUCAUUUUCUGUACGCAGGCAAUAUGUUUUUUAUUUUUAGCCAUUUAUCAUUAUUAGUUGAAUUUAAAAAAAAUAAUUCCCACAACUUAUAAUAGGAACGGAUAGACCAGUAUUUGCAUUUUGACAAUUGGUGCUUAUAACAAUAUAUAAGAAGUGAACACCUUAAUUACAUUUGAAGACAUUUUGGCUAACAUAUGCCAUUCUGGCUGUGGAUGAUCUACAACUUCCAGCAUCUCUGUAUAUGGCAGAAGUUCCAGGAGGAUGCUGGGAGAUGUACUAUAGCUACAGCAUUACUGUAGCAUGUUAGCCUUCCACGCAAGUUCAUAAUGUUGACCUGAGUAGACCAAAGACAGUUGCCUAAAAACAUCAAUUUCUAAUUUUGACACUUUUUAGGGAACAAAAAAAAUUUGUUUGACAAAUGUUAAAAUGUAAAGCCUUUGUGUUUUAUAUAUAGAUCAGCGUGUAUCAGGUUAACACAAGUUUACUUGCAAUAAAACUUAUUUUGGGGUAAA